CCCAACAAGUCCUUUCUCACACUAAUCUUACUCCAAAUUACUUGGUCCGGGACAUGAUUGCGCAGUGGUGUAAAGAGCAUGCAAUUGAGAUGCCAAAGCCGGUUCAGGACAUCAACCAAGUAGUAAGUAAUGCGGAUAGAGACCACUUGGAUUCAUUACUUCAUAAGCUGUCAUUGUCUGUCCCUGAUCAGAAAGAAGCUGCAAGAGAGCUUCGCCUCCUAACAAAGAGAAUGCCUUCCUUUAGAACCCUCUUUGGGGAGUCCGUUGAUGUGAUUCCGCAGUUGCUCAGUCCAUUAUCGCCUAAUACGGCUCAUGUUCACCCCGAUCUCCAUGAGGACUUGAUUACAACUAUUCUAAAUCUCUCGAUUCAUGACGAUAAUAAGAAAGUAUUUGGAGAGGAUCCAACUGUCAUUGCUCUUCUCAUUGAUGCCUUGAAAUCCGGAACAAUUCAAACAAGGAGCAAUGCCGCAGCAGCCAUUUUCACAUUAUCGGCUCUUGACUCCAACAAGCACAUCAUUGGAAAGUCUGGAGCCAUCAAACAUUUGCUUGACCUUUUAGAGGAGGGACAGCCAUUAGCCGUGAAAGAUGCUGCCUCAGCUAUAUUCAACCUAUGUCUUGUGCACGAGAAUAAAGGGAGGACCGUGAGAGAAGGUGCAGUCCGGGUCAUUCUGAAGAAGAUCAUGGACCACAUUCUAGUUGAUGAGUUGCUCGCUAUAUUGGCACUCCUUUCCAGCCAUCCCAAGGCCAUUGAAGAAAUGGGGGAUCUCGGAGCUGUAGCCUUCUUGCUGGCUAUCAUUAGGGAGGGCACGUCAGAGCGAACCAAGGAGAAUUGUGUUGCAAUUUUAUAUACAAUCUGUUACGGUGAUAGAACAAAGUUGAAGGAAGUUAGAGAAGAAGAAAAAGCCAACGGUACCCUGUCGAAACUUGCGCGACACGGGACGUCAAGGGCAAAAAGGAAGGCUAAUGGAAUUCUUGAGAGGCUCAAUCGAUCACCCUGCUUAACACACACUGCUUAAGUUGGUAUUGGACUACCGCGUUGUAAAUAAUUUGUGUUCUUCUUCUGUACAAACGGCCUCAUCAGGUAGCUGUAAAAAAUGGGAAAGGAAAUUUCACUUGUUUGUGUACAUUACCUGCAUACAGUACUUUUUUUUUCACCUUCACAUGCAGUCAAGCAUAUGAAUGUAUGAGCAAAGUGUUCUGGCUUUUUGCUUUCUUUCUAUUCUGUUCUAUUCUUUGUUUGUUUUCAAGAAAAGGUUAUCUUGUUUGCAAAAAUGUUGCAUUAUUCUUCAAUUUCUCCUCAUUGCCUCACUGCCCGUGAUAUCCAAAACUUUGUAACUACUUUGUCAUGUACUCAGCCAAUUUAGAAUGCUCA